AAAGCUCAGUGCUAAGAGUUUACUCAGUACCUUAGAAUACACGAUGCAUUCGAUUAGACUAUGGAAUAGUGUGUUGCGGCCGUCUCGCUCGGUAGUCGGCGGCCGCUCGGCUAUGGUUUCGGUAACCUCUCGACAAACGCGAUCUUUUUCAAUGGCGUUAGAGAACAGUAAGAGCGGCGCAGUUUUGAAAAAUUUGGAAAACAAAUCCGAGGAGGCAAUUUUACCGAAGAUCUGGCUCCGCGAUAAUUGCCGCUGCACAAGCUGUGUUAACCAAGACACUAUGCAGCGUAAUUUCAAUACCUUCGAAAUCCCGGAAAACAUCGAUCUCAAAACCAUCGAGAUGACAGAUGAUGCGGCCCAUGUAACAUGGUCCGACUUGCACUCUAGUAGCUACACAUGGAAAUGGCUAGAGAGUACUCUACCAAAGGCAACCAAAACUACCAUAUCGGAGAAAGACAAUAAAAAGCUUUGGGGCUCCGAAAUAACGGCUAACCCACCAGAGGUGGUCUAUAACGAUGUGAUGAGUGCGGGUAGCGAUGGCAUGGCUAAGCUAACCAACAAUCUGCGUUUAUACGGGCUGUGCUUUGUCACCGGGACACCGCCUACCCCAGAAGCGUCGGAAAAGCUGCUGUCAACUAUUGGACCAAUUCGAAAUACGCACUACGGCGGAUUUUAUGAUUUUAUUCCAGAUUUGGCACUGGCAGAUACAGCCUAUACUAAUCUGGCACUAUCAGCACAUACGGAUACUACCUACUUCAGCGAACCAGCAGGAUUACAAUCGUUUCAUCUUCUCUCUCAUACCGCACCAUCCACGUCAGCCAACAACGAAGCUCUUGGCGGGCAAUCUCUGCUAGUAGAUGGUUUUCACGCAGCUGCAGUGUUGAAAGCAGAAUCUCCAGAAGACUAUGAUUGCUUACGGACUGUUCGAUUACCAUGGCAUGCGAGCGGCAACGAAGGGGUCGCCAUCUCACCUGACGAAACCUAUCCGGUCAUUGAGGGGGAUUCACCCCUCCGUCGAAUCCGAUGGAAUAACGACGAUCGUGGCGUAGUUCCCAUGACCUCUGAUGCCUCAGUAUGGUAUAGAGCAGCGCGUAAAUGGCACGAGAUUUUGACGCGAAAGGAGACCGAGUACUGGUUUCAGCUGCAGCCUGGCCGCCUACUCAUAUUUGAUAAUUGGAGAGUUUUACACGGGAGAAGCGCUUUUGAAGGCACGCGCCGUAUAUGUGGAGGAUAUAUCAGCCGAGACGACUUCGUUUCCCAGUGGAAGCUCAGUAACUAUCCCCGAGACGAAGUGAUUGCUUCUAACAUUCAGAGACAGUAGACAUAGAGGAAACGGUAUCACUAGAACAUGGUAUUUUGCAUAUGGCUGCAUGGCAAAGUGACGUAAUCGAGAUCAGUGUGAGUCUAAUCGUCUAGCCUGAGCCGUCAGUGGGCGGUGGUGGUUGUUUGUGCGGGGCAGUUUUAUGCCGGGGCUGCUGUGCACCCGUAGCUGCUGUAGCUGUGCCGUAGCGGGGCUGGGGAAGCGGCAGCCCGCUGACGGGAUGUUUGUUUACUUGAAGAGGCUGGGACUGUCCGCGGGUGCGCGAUAAAGCUGGCGGGCGUGAGGAUUUUGUGGUGAAGGAUGGGAAAUCAAAUAUUUGAGGAAGCGGUUCUGUGAACAAAUAUAGAAUUAUUUUUCGCUU